UAAUAACGUCGUAUCGACUAUUUGGAGCGGCGAAGUAUGAUUGCAAAUUUUACUCGCAAAUACGAGUCUCGCUUUGUUGAUGGCUGGAGGUUAUUAGUCUGUCGCGGAGUGUUCCUCGGACAUUGCUAUUAGUUAUGCAGGGCCGCCCUCCAAACCCGAAUUAAGUCAAGUAUUGAAAUCGUAGCUGUGCCCACUUCACUGGAAUGUAUUUCCAACAAAUGUUAUUGAUCCACUCUCUGGCCCACGCGCACGGCAUCAUGACUGGGACCAACGAUGAUUUACUCAUAUACCGGCCGUUAACCCCCCCGCCUAAAGCCGUGGAAACCUCGGUCGCGCACCACGCGCUCGUCGUCUACAACCGCAUCUACUGCUCCGGGUCCUUCAUCGGAAGCAAACUAGUACUUACCGUGGCCAGCUGCUUUGAGGAGGAUACGGACACGGACACUAUUUUUGUCAAGUAUGGAGUUAGGAACUAUAUGGAUAAAGGACAGGUUAUUGCCGUGGUUGAAAAAAAACGACAUGAAUUUUUCCAAUACAAAAGCUACCUGGACAACGAUAUCGCGUUACUAGUACUUAAGACACACGUCAAGUUCGAAAUGGGUGCGAGAAAAGCCGUUUUAAUCAAGCCAGGGACUACAAUACCGCACCUUAGUUUUGUCUCGGUAACGGGGUGGGGAAAGGAUGUUGCAAAAGUUCAAGAAAAUACUAUUCUACAAUCCGUUAUGCAGAUCACAGAGCAGGCAGAAUGCGUAAAGACCUACUCCGAGGUCGUCACCGCCUCGAUGUUUUGUGUGAAAUACGACUUAAUGAACCGCCAGAGUGACAACGGCGGCGCAGCCUUAUACAAGGGUAUGAUCAUGGGCAUCUCCUCGUACGGCGCCAAUCUCGUGGACACGCCCCACAUCGCCUUGUUCACCAACGUUUCCUACUUUUACCAAUGGAUCAAAUUGAAUACUGAGAGGCUGUUGCAGAAACAUUGUUCGCAAGAAUUAGGAGACGUAGUGCAUAAUGUGAUACCAGAUUACUGAACGGAUGACACGUAAUGAGCUUAAUAAGAUCUAAAUACGUCUUCGCGGUCU